CUUUCCUCCUACCUUGUAUCUGCCACCGCCAUCUCUUUUGAGGCUACUCAAGCCAUUGCAGGCGUCGGAGGCCACACCAUAAACUGAUAUGGAGGAACCGCAUGUCCCCUUGCCCCAGCCGGCUCCGUUCGAGGAGAAACUAGCCGCAUUCGACUCAGUGCCUCUCUUCAUGAAAUCACUACCUGAGGAUGCCGUGGAGGACGCAACCGUAGCAGCACUGCAGAGCUUAGCAUAUGAGGGAACGCCAGACGAGAUCGCACAGAACUUCAAGGAGCAAGGCAAUGACUACUUCAAAGGGAAACGCUACCGCGAGGCUCUUGGGUUUUACGCACAAGGGCUAGACACCAAGCCCACUGACCUUGCCCUUAUAGAGGCGCUACUGUGUAAUCGCGCCGCGUGCAACUUGGAAUUGAAGAAUUAUGGCUCGGUGCUACAAGACUGCUCCAAAGCUAUCAAUACGAAUCCACACUCGUCAAAGGCGCACUAUCGGUCGGCACUCGCCCUCGUGGCCCUCGAACGGUUCGACGAGGCCAUCGACUGCUGCGACCGCUGCCUACAAUUCGAUGAGAAGAACAAGGACGUGAGAGCAUUACGUCAAAGGGCCGAGGGCCAGAAGUUUGCCAAGGAGGAAAAAGAGAAGAAGAGGCAGGAGCGGAUCCGCAAAGAGCAGGAACACAAACGACGGCUAGAAGCAGCUUUCAAGGAACGGAACUUGAUUGCCAUCUCACCGCCGAACGGAUCUUCCGGGAAUCCCUACGCGCCGUCAUUUGACCCAGAGGAUCCGACCAACAGCACCCUCAUUGUCCCCGUCUUCUUCCUAUACCCUCAGUAUGCGACAUCCGACGUCAUUUCUCAUUUCGUCGAGGACACGCCAUUAUCUAUCCAUCUCGCGACGAUGUUCCCGCCGGAAGCACCUGCGCCUGAGUGGGACAAGGAUCAUGAAUACGUCGCCGACAAGUUGGUCGUAUAUGCAAUGACACAUAGGAAGCGCCUCUUGAAGGUCGGCAAGAAAAUGACGUUGAGGGACGUGUUUGAGGCCUCAAAGGAAAAGAAGGGGCAGCCGAAGGAUGGCCUUGAGUUGAAGGACGGAUGCUUGACGUUCGUGGUAUUGCCCAAGGGCGCGAUAGAGACCAAUUGGGUAGAGGAGUUCAAGAAGAUACACCAUUCUCCUCGAAUUGCUGCUGGAGAGGGUCUUGUGGAUGGUGUCGAGGGCUGUGGAUGCCCCUCAAGCUUCAAGAUGUCGAUACAGCACAAGAUCCUCCGCACGGCCAACGCCCCCACCACUCCUCCCGAUGAGACCGAGAUUAGCGUCGCGCAGGCGAUAAUUGACCUCGAGAACAACGUUCCCGAGCUCAAGUCUGAGCUGCGGCCCCUCCAGAUCUCUGCCGCCCGUGAAGUCGACGUUCGCGGUGGCAAGAAGGCGAUCGUUAUCUUCGUCCCCGUUCCUCAGCUGAAGGCCUUCCACAAGGUCCAGCAAAGGCUGACCCGCGAGCUUGAGAAGAAGUUCUCAGACCGUCAUGUCGUGUUUGUUGCCCAGCGCCGGAUGCUGCGCAAGCCGACCCGUACUUCGCGCGUGCAGCAGAAGAGGCCUCGUAGCCGCACCCUCACGAACGUCCACGAGAAGAUCCUCGAGGACCUCGUCUUCCCGACGGAGAUCGUCGGCAAGCGGACGCGUGUCGCAGUCGACGGCUCAAAACUCCUCAAAGUGUUCCUUGACGCCAAGGACGCGACAUCACUCGAGUACAAGCUCGACUCGUUCUCGUCUGUAUACCGCCGCCUGACGGGCAAGGACGUCGUAUUCGAGUUCCCGGUGCAGGCGCAGGAGUAGGGGUCUGUUGUGUCAGGUGGACGGUGUGGGAGUCUAUGAUGAUAUGCCGCCGCAUUCCGAAAAUGUAUCCCAUGCGCCCGCUGUUCUAUGAGCAUGUCCAUUGAUUUCAUCUCCGCAUUGUACUGCG